AUGGGGACUGAUGAUUGGCUUAUCCAACGAUUACCACCUCAUUUGCAAGCAAUUUCCGUAAUUAUAGGUGGCGUUCUUGUACAACUGUCGUUGGGUGGAAUAUAUACAUUUGGCAAUAUGCUUCCCUACUUGAUUUCUUAUAUACGUGCAAGAGUCGACUCAACAAUGACCAGUGGUACACUAAUUUGGCUUCAAACGCUAAUGGCUGGGAUACCCUUCGCUCUAGUUCUCGGUGGAUAUCUGGAAAAGAAAAUUGGACCAAGACCUGCAACGCUUCUUGGAUGUUUACUAUAUACGACGUCAGUAGCCCUUACCUACUACUCCUUGCAAAAAUCAUUUUUUCUGGUUAUGAUAACUCUUGGGCUGUGUGCAACUACUGGUUUAGGAAUUGCCUACAAUACUGUUCUGAUACUUGCACAACAAUGGUUUCCGACUCGAAUCGGUUUUGCAAGCGGUAUUAUUGUUGGCGGUUUUGGAUUUUCGGCGUUUAUUUUUUCACCAAUACAGACGAAAUACAUAAAUCAGCAUAAUUACGUUGUCAAUACUCAAGGAUAUUUUACGCAGAAGGAUCUGUUAGAUCGUGUUCCUAAAGUGUUUCUGUUAUUGGCAGGAAUCUACGCUGUCUUGCAGAUCCUGGGCAUCAUUUUACUGUGCCGGCCUUCAUCAGUCAGUAAAAUUACUUCUUUCUUUACCACUUUAGAAAUCAAGCAAAGCACCUUACAAAAGAUCCCUGAUGAACCAUUCAGUAAGCUUUAA